AAUCCUUUUUUUUCUUUUCUUCUUCCAUUCCUUGCUUCGAUUCACAAAAUUCUUCACGGAGAAGUAAAGCAGAAGAGAAUUAUAAUACAGAGAAGGCAACAAGUGAGAGAAUAGUGAUCAGUAGGAGAGUCAUCAUCAGUAAUCUUUCCGAGAUCCGAAACUCCAGCGGAGAUGGAUCAGCAGCAGCAGCAGCAACAACAGCAAGGCGAUCAAACCGACACGAGGAAAUCGGAUGGCGAAGGCAACCACUCCUCGGAUUACGCCCCGUACCCGAAACUCGAUCCGAAAGAGGUUGCUCCGCCUCCUCCUCAUCCUCCCGCUGCAGCUACUAAUCAGGAGAAUUGGGGUACCUUUGUGAUGGGAACUCAAUCGCAAAUCGAUCCUUCGACGAAUAAGCCGCAAAAACCUUCUGCAACUCCAGUAAAUCGCUCCACCGUAAUGCCUCCUGAAUCCAAUCCUUACGUCUCUUCUUCCCCUGCGCCGUCGUCUUCUUCGUCUGUCAAGAAGAAGAUGGAAACUGUUCGCAAUGUGCUUGGGGGAUGGGGAAAGAAGGUGGGAGAAACCACAAAGAAGGCGGAGGUUCUUGCUGGAAACAUGUGGCAACACUUGAAAACAGCACCUAGUGUAGCCGAUGCUGCCAUGGGAAGGCUUGCUCAGGGAACCAAAGUUAUAGCAGAAGGUGGUUAUGAGAAAAUCUUCAGACAGACCUUUGAUACUGUUCCGGAGGAGCAACUUAAAAGCUCUUAUGCAUGCUACUUAUCCACGUCGGCUGGUCCAGUUAUGGGAAUUUUAUAUCUCUCCACGGCAAAGCUUGCAUUUUGUAGUGACAAUCCUCUUUCAUACGAAGUUGGAGACCAAACUGAGUGGAGCUAUUACAAGAUAGUUAUCCCUUUGCAUCAGCUUAAAGCAGUUAAUCCUUCAGCGAGCAAAGUCAAACCAGCUGAGAAAUACAUCCUAAUUAUCUCUGUUGACAACCUUGAGUUUUGGUUCAUGGGCUUUGUAAACUAUGACGGUGCUGUUAUCAACUUACAAGACGCUUUACAGGGCCGCAACUUACAAUCUGUGUGACACCUAUGUACUCUGGGGAUAUGCGCCACAUGCUGUUGAGAUGUUUAUUGGAUGUUAAUAAUUUUUUGUGCUGAAAACUCAACAUAUAUGGAUAAAAGAAAAACUGCUGUAUGGUGCUCUGUUUUGAGUAGUGUCUGGUUUCUCCUGUCUUAGAGCUUUUCUUUUGUGAUACAAUUUGGGUGUAGAUAGGAUCCUUCUUGUGUA